GCAUGGUGGCAUUGAUUCUUUACGAAAGAACGGCCAUAUUGAGAAGUUUUCGAAUGCGCUGUGGAUUUUACAAACUGUCACAAAGGACUGAAUGAAAGUGAAAGAAUUUCUCAUGUAGCAGAUAAUUCCUCUCUCUGUGAUCCACUGUACUCUAUUGUGUGAGCCUGUUAUUAACUGCUAUGACUUUUCAAUUAGUUUAAUUGCAUUAAACUACCGGAAAACGUUUACUACAGCGCACGGUUAUCACCAAUAGAACACCUGCAAAACGCCCAGAUCGCAGUGUCAUAACUAGUAUUUGUCAGAACUUCGGCUCUCAAUUAAUAAUUGCUCGUAGUGUCGGCAACUUAGAUUUGUGAACAAUCUCCCAUAUAUUUUGCCACUACUUGCUGUGAAUACAGUUUGACUUAUUUGUUUAUUUUUGAUCCAAUAAUACAACUGACGUAGUAAAAUUAGAAAUGGUUACCACAAAGGAUGACGAAUAUGAUUAUUUAUUUAAAGUUGUCUUAAUUGGGGAUUCUGGUGUCGGAAAGACAAAUCUUCUAUCUCGUUUCACAAGGAAUGAAUUCAGUUUAGAAAGUAAAAGUACGAUUGGUGUAGAGUUCGCAACUAGGAGUAUUCAAGUUGAUGGUAAAACUGUGAAAGCUCAAAUCUGGGAUACUGCUGGUCAAGAAAGAUAUAGAGCAAUCACUAGUGCCUACUAUAGAGGAGCUGUUGGUGCUCUUUUGGUGUAUGAUAUUGCGAAACACUUGACGUAUGAAAAUGUUGAGCGUUGGCUGAAAGAAUUACAAGACCAUGCAGAUCAGAACAUUGUUAUCAUGUUGGUAGGAAAUAAAAGUGAUUUGAGACAUCUGCGCGCUGUUCCUACAGAUGAAGCUAAGGCAUUUGCGGAAAAAAAUAAUCUGUCUUUUAUUGAAACCUCUGCAUUGGACACCACAAAUGUAGAAGCAGCUUUCCAACAAAUUUUAACGGAAAUCUAUCGUAUUAUCUCCCAGAAGCAAAUUCGAAAUGAUGCUGACAACGAUCCAUCUCCCGGAGGAGAUAACAUAAAACCUAUUAGCAUUCCACCAACAGACAGUCCAGACAUGCGCAAAAAACCUUGCUGUCAAGCAUAGAAACUUUUUUAAGAAAUUGGCCUACAUACAACUUUUUUUGUGCACUUCACUUUCUUUAUUAUAUAUAUAAAAAAAAAAGUUUUUCUUAACUAUAUUUGUGGCCAAAAACAAACAGAAAGAAAUUUACUGCAAAAGCAGCAGCGCCCUUUAUUUUCUUUUUCCUUUUAAAUAAAUGAAAUUGGCCUGUAACUAACAUGAAUAUUCUAUGUUGCAUGGUAUUCUCAUUGCGGAGAGAAUUAAGAAUAAAUUGCAUUGAUUAUCAGAUUAUACGGGUGCAUGCAACCUUUUAUAUAGUGUGACAAAAUGACUGAAUUAACAUGUUGUGUUCUUUUGUGUAUUUGUAAGUAUACUUUAAAGGUGCGUAUUAGUGAAAAGAGCCAUAUAGCUUUACGUUAGGGCUUCAUAUGUAAUAUCUUGUACAGUUCUGAUAAUGUUGUACACAUUUUAAGUAAUCUUAUAUUUUGCCACUGAUAAAUGCUUUAAAAAAAAAGAAGCAAUAUAUAAAAUAUUUCAUUGCGUCCCAAGGUUGCAUGCGUCUCUUCUGGGGGUAAGGGGUAAUAUGCUGUGUUUAAUCAUCUGUAUACAUAGUUCUGUGUUCAUAUACUAAUAGAUUUCUUGCGAUUCGCAGAUACAUUUUCAUCUUGGUCGUGCAUGCAGGAUUAAGAUAAAUUAAUUAUAGAUUGAAGUAUUUUAUAGAUUAUACUCUAUUUUUUGAGAGGAUAUCAAAAUCUUCCAUUGGUUUUAUUAAAAGUCGAACAAGAAAAGAUGUGUUGGGCCUACUUCCUACUAAGAACGUGUUUCUGCUAAGGUUAUAUGAAAUGUUUUUAUGCUGUUUUUUGAUUCAUUGAGCAUAAUAUCAGAUUUUCUACUUGUUGACUUAGAUUCUUAUAUAAUAUGCAAAACUGUAAAAAAUAUUUCUUUUGCUAUCGAAGAAUGCAUUACUUGGGAGCUCUAUAUGAUUGUUUAAAAUUUACUCUUUCAGUGGUUGUUUAAUGACUAAUUUGAGAUUCUUUCUUUUGUGAAGUAGAGUAGAGAAUUGUAAAUGUUGCUAUGACAUUAUAGCUGUGGUAUCUCUACUCUUUUGUCACAUUUCUUCUGUUAAUAAGUGUGAAUACUUUUAAAGCUCACAAUUUAGAAAAACACUUUAAAGUGUCUGCACUGGCUGCAGCUUUACACAACUCUAAAUUCACUUUUACAGAUUAAAAAAGUUUUAGCAUUUUGUAAUUUCAUUAUUUUAAAUUUACAAGAAAUUUUAGUUAUAUUUAAGAAAACUGAACAUUUUUUUUUAUGUAUUGAUAGCUGUGUAUAAUUUUUUUUAUUAAUUAUGAGACUAUUUUAUGCUUUUGUAUUUUUUUUUGUUUGGUUCAUAAUAUAGUUUUAAUAAAAUUUAUAGAUUUGAAGAAGGCCUUUGAUGUUAUAUGCCAUAAAAAUAGUUUUAUGCCACAUUUUGAAUACAUGGGAGAAUAAUAUACAAAAUCAUUCUUCUGCCUGUUUCUGUUUAAUUUAUGUAUAUGAAUAAAAAAAAAAGUUGAUGCUUA